UCCCUCUUGCGCGACCCGCGAUGUGGAGGAGGGCUGCGGGUGAGGCCCAUCCCUUGCCUCCGGAGCCGCCUCCCGCGGCGGUGGCGGUGCGAGUGCGGGCGGUGGCGCAGUUCCUGCGGCGGGUCUUGCCGCUUUGCCGGGCCCACACCGUGGACUUCUACACGCGGGGCCUGUGGGAGAAGAUGGUGGCGCUUCCCCCGGAGGCGGUGCUGGAAGCCCUGAGCGGGGAGAGGCUGAGGCAGCUGCUGGAGGAGCCGCCGCCGCGCCCUUUCGAGGAGGCAGCCGCCGGCGCCGAAACCUGUGAAUUCUAUAACAUUUUCUGUGAGAUGUCUCAGAGGCUGAUCAAUGUUCAGGCUUUUGCUCUAGCCGCUAAGUACUACUCUAUGCCCAACCUUGGGGUGUGUACUCCAUUAGAUCAGAUGCUUGAAGCACUGAACGGGAAACGUCAGCCAAGUUCUGGUGUAGAGAUCAAAACAGAUGACUUCAUGAAUAAUAAGAAGUCUCAUGAAGUGCAGUUGAUGUCAGAAUUAGUUGAUGGCAUUACCAAAUAUUGUGGUUUAAACCAGGUUAUUGACCUGGGUUCUGGAAAAGGCUACUUGAGCUCCUUCCUAUCGUUACAGUAUAAUCUGAAGGUUUAUGGAAUUGAUUCCUCUAAUACAAACACCCAUGGAGCUAAUGAAAGGAAUAGGAAAUUGAAGAAACACUGGAAAGCCUAUCAAAGACGGGCAAGAGCAAAUGUCAGAGGCCAAUUGUUGGAAGAGGCAAAGCAAGGACCAGAACAAGAUAAAGAGAAAUAUAAAGCAAAUGCCAGUGAAAAGCUCUUAAGUACCAAUAACAGUCUUCAAAGUCAGGCCCAGGUGGCAGCUCAAGAUUCCUUUCUUUUUCGAACAGCUGAUGUUUUCACAGACUCUGAUAUAUGUAUUACUAACAAACAAUAUGAACUUCACUGUGUGGCUCAGCUGCAGAGUGCUGAGAACAACAUUCCAGAAAAUGUAUUUCUAAAUAUUCUGCCUGCUGAUGCUGUGGAAACUGACUGUUCACCAAGAAGUAAUUGCAAGGAGCUCUGUGAUGAGGAGAAAGAACGAAGGAAGAUGGUUUCUCUUAAAGCCAAAGCAAGCAGGUCAAAAGAUGUCAACAUAUAUUGUCCAUUAACAUCGUACAUCACAGCUGAAACAGAGCUACGUGAUCUUGUUGCUGAUCUGGAGGACUGUGUACUGGUGGGUCUACAUACCUGCGGUGAUCUUGCUCCAAGCACGUUGCGACUUUUUAACGCUAAACCUGAAAUCAAAGCUGUGUGUAGCGUAGGGUGCUGCUAUCAUCUGCUAUCAGAGGAGCAAGAAACUCAGAAAGGUGAUGCUCAGGGAACAUGGGGCUUUCCCAUGUGCCGGUACUUAAAAGAAGAAGGCUGGUUCUGUGGUCGUAAUGCCAGAAUGGCUGCCUGCCUGGCUUUGGAGCGAGUUGCAGUUGGCCAAGUGUUGCCUACAGAAUCGCUGUUUUAUCGAGCUGUCCUACAAGUUAUUGUAGAAGAAUUUUAUGGAGUCCAAAGAAGUGAUCAUAAUAUUGGGAAAGUAUAUUCUAAAACAUCUUCCUUCUUGGAUUAUGUUAGAAAAUCUUUAAAAAAGCUUGAUCUUGAUGAAACAAAGGUUUCAGACAGCCUCAUAAUGGAAUACUUUGAAAAAUACAAGCAUAGAAUGAAUGAGCUGGAAGCUUUUAAUAUGCUGAAAGUUGUUCUGGGACCUUGCAUAGAGACAUUGAUCCUUCUAGAUCGGCUUUGCUACCUCCAAGAGCAGCAGAAUAUCAAAAGACAGCACAAAGUGGGGUAGAAGUCAGAAGUCCAGCAAGAGGUAACUGACUGCUUCUGGUGAUUUGCACACUGGUAUUUGAGAUAUGCAAGAAGAAAGAGAGAUCAGCGCUGCUAAACUUAACUGAACUGCUUUUGCUUAAAUUCACUGUUUAAUUCACCCCCACAACUCUUAGCAUAUCUGCCUGUAUCUCCUAUCCUUUUAUUAGUGACAGUGCAAAGUGUUUUGAGACAAAAAAGCUAUGUGUUGAUUUUAUAUGCAUUGUGGUGAUAGAGUGCUGUGUUGAUCACAGACUGUCAUGUCAGAAAUCUAGGUGUAAAUGCUGAAGCUGCCAGUGAAAAAUCCUGUUGUUUGAUAUAAUUCCUAACGAGCAGAUAAAGAGUCAUUGCCAUGAUUCUCAGGGGUAUGCAUACAUGCUGGGUUGGUGUGUGAACGUACAUCCUCAGGAAUUGCAUCAAGGGUUUUUUAUUUGCCAGUUAAGAAAAGAUUUAAAGUUACAAAUUUUCAUAUGUUAAGUGACAGGAUUUCAGCCAUUAUAUAAAGUGCUCCUAUUUUUCACAAGUUACAUUUGUUUAGUAUGUUUUUUAAAAUGAAUGUAUUUCUGCAACUUAACUUUCAACACAAAUGGCUUUCUGGUGUAUUCUGAUCAACCUU